AUUUGAGCGGACAGCAGGAGAGGCUGGAGUUCUGCAGCGGGGCGAGCCACGUGACUCAUCUUUCUGCUGUUCAGGCUGAGCUGCUCUCCACUUCAACAUUGCAAACAGGGCUGGGAAGGGGAGACCCAGCGAACAGAAACCCACAAAACAAUUCACUUCUCCGAUCCAUUAGUUUUGAGAGAGGAACGCAGAAGCAAGAAACCACUGCCCGAAGUCUCGGAAAAUGUGGGAGCAGGCAAGGGCUCCGGCUGGACCGUCCCGCGGACUGUUGGUUAAAUCAGCCUCCAUGUACUCUGAAAGGCACAAUAAUCCCUCGGAGAUCAGAAGCCUCAUGGCCGAACCUGAUUAUUUUGAUGAUAACCCUGAGCUCAUCAGGCCCAAGAAGCUUCUCAAUCCAGUCAAAGCCUCUAGGAGUCACCAAGAACUGCAUAGAGAGCUCCUCAUGAACCAGAAAAGAGGUUUGGGCUCUGAAAACAAGCCAGAACUACAGCGAGUGCUGGAAUACAGACGGAGAGAUCAGUUGAUUCGACAGAGAAAGGAGGAAGAGGAGGCACGGAAGAUAAAAUCUCCGUUUGAACUUCAGCUUCAGAAAAGACAGCAAAGAUUAGAACAGUUGGAACGAGAGCAAGAGAGAAGUGGAGAAGAACAAGAGAAUGCUCCUGAAUUUAUCAAAGUCAAAGAAAAUUUGCGGAAAACCUCCACUUCCAGUACAGAAAAGAAAGCUGGUUAAUGCUGCGCCUUCCUGCCCCACCUGAAUUUAACUGAUUGGUUAAACUCAGCACCAGUUCUACUUGACUGAUUUGCUAUGCGAUCACUAUCAAGUUCUUUUGAUGUUGUUGUCUGUCUUCAGAGAAUAAUGAAAUAUGAAAUGUUUAUUCUGCUGCGAAUGGAUGGCCAGCUUUUUUGGACAUAAGGAAUGUUGUUUCCAUUGACACUCACCAAAUCUGGUUAUUUGGUGAACACAUUAAAGUACUGCUCUAUGGUGAAGAUAGUUUGGAGAAAGACACAGCUGGUUAGGAUCCACUGACACUGGAUGAAGCUGGAAAGUGAUUUGCUAAAGCAGAGUUUGAGUGAUCCAUCAACACCAUAAAUCCAUUACAUCCUGCUAAAGCUGAUGAUGUGAUCUGCAUUAAGUUAAUUAUGUUCUCACAAACAUUGUAUGAGAUGAUGCAAUGUACAUAAAUAAUUUCAUAAAUUUUAUGCAAAGGUUCUUCAAUCUAAAUAACAUCAGUUGAAUUUUUGCAGUAGUGAUUCUUAACUGUUUAAUGAGGACAUAACAGAAUGUUCCCUUUGACAGGAUGGGAUGGUGAGACAUAUUACAUUGUUGGGUUUUGUGUCAUCAAAAGACACUUUGUGCCUGCAUUACAGUUUGACCAGAUUUUAAUGACUCGUGUGUCUUGGUUUCUUGAUUCAACUGUAUUUGAAUUAAAAGGUUGCUACUAGAAGAUUACAUCAUUGUAAAUGCUGCAUAUGUAUUUUACUAUUAAUCUUGAGCUCCUGAUCAACAGUAAGAUAAAUGGAAUGUAGAAGUAUUUUAUGAAUAUAUCCUUGUAUAGACGCACACAUACAGCCUUCAGCUAAAUUCACAAGAAUCUGCCGGGAAGAUUCAGAGCUGUAAGCUGCUGAUUUUUAGUAAUUGAAUUUAGAUAAAACAACACCUUGUAUUUUGGAAAAAUGUACCCCGUUUCUCAGUGGGGUAAUUGUCUAUACACAUGGGUUGAAGUAAUGAUUGGGUCUGCACAGUUGUAACUUUUACAGUAAACAGAGUAACAAUUGACCUAAACAUUUUAGAAAUAUGUAAGUAUCUUCCAGACAAUAUUUUGAAUUCUGCACUAAUUUUAUUAAGACAUUACUACAGUAAGUUAUUAGCUUGGUACAUUUCUUCAAUGCUUCAUUACCAUUUUCAAUCUUCAGAAAUCAUUGAAAGUAACCCUACAGAAUGUGUAAAAUUUCAUGGAUGUGGCACAAGAAAUAAAGUAACUACUGGUUUAAGGUCAAACUUAAUUUUUUUAAAAGUGCUCAAGUGGUUAAUUGGUGCAGUAUUUUUAUAUUCAUGUUAUUUCUGUUAUAUAUUUCACACUACUAACGUAUAAAUUUUAGUACCAAGUAGUGUCAGGUCAUGGAUACAAUGCUUACUGUAAACAAAACUUAAUUGAUUAUGAAUGUAACUCUGAAAUCACAAAGUAUACUUGAGUUUGGGCUGCUGUUAGCUUUGCUGUCUGUGUAUUAGAUUCACUGGAUAUAAAAUUGAAACAUUUUCUUGCAUUUUACUUGAAUACAGUUGUGAAAAAGUACAACUUGGAUAACACUGUUUAAAUGACAGUUAGCAUUGUUUAUAAUGGUAACAGCUAUCUGUGUAUGUUGUGUGAAUGUUGCUUUUGAGAUGUUACUGAAUAGGUAUUGACUGUUGGGUACGUUUUCUCCCUGUCACAUCACUAUAGUAAACGAUAGUUGCAUAUGUCUAAUAGAAAAUGUCAAGCAGCACUAAUUAUGGAAUGGAGUUUGUUUUCUCACUGCUCAUUUUUGGGGAUUUGUUUUUUUUUUCUGUGUAUAAAAUGUCUCUCAAAUUCAAGUCACCAUGAAUAUUAUUAUAGUAACUCAGUUCAAUUAUUAAUAACAGGAAGAAAACAUUUAUAUGUUCAGCUGUACUGACACCGUCUAUUAAGCUUGUGUCAUUGUACCUUUAAAACUUUGAAAUAAAAUAGAUGCUUAUUUUACUUUGUGGAAACUUCUGGUUUAAUUAGAUU